AUGAAGUUCAUCCCUGCAUUGGGCGCUCUCGCUUUGGCAGCCUCCGCAAAUGCCGCCGUAACCGGAAACUGUACCCCCGGCCUUGAUUACUGCUCCUCAGUCCUUGGAGACGUUGGGGGAAAUGAUGCGGCAAUCGUCGAUGCAUUGAACAGAGCUGGUCAGGGAGGAAAUGCCCCCUGGAGUGGAUACCUAUUCCAUUGCAAUGCCGACAAAUCGCUUACUGCUAGCGUUUGUGUCUUUGGUUGUGCAAAUCAAGGGGCAGGACAAAGUGACAUGUGCUUUGGUCUGUGA